UGGACCCAACUGUUCAUAGUGUCGUCUUCCACUUCAAACAUCUCUUCCGUUAUCUUAUCGUACACUUAACAGAAAUUAAGUGUUCUAUAAAUUAAUUAAAUCAAUACCAUUAAUCAUGUAGGCACUCACCAUCGGGGAUUUUCUGUACAAUAUGUAAUAAUAUCAUUAGAAUUCUAGAGCAUAUGAUACAAUCGAAGUAAGUAAGACCCUACCGUAGCUUCGAUGAGGUACACGGCAUUCACGCACUUUUUGGGGAAAUCCACCUUGUGCUCUUAAUUGCCAUUGUGGCGUUAAUUCCUGAGCCUAUUUCUGGUGUUAACAAUACGACUAGACCUCCCGAGAAGAAGACUUCCACUGCGUCAGAGCGCUAUUCGCGUAAAGAAUCUCGCCCACACACCGACAGUAAGAAGGACGGCUAGAUAUCGAUAAAGUCCCGUAUUAGAUUACGCGCUCGCGAUGCGUGAUUAGUGCCGGCACGGGACUCAAACAGAGCUUCCGUACAAUUACGAUAAGUAAUCGACAAUUCUGGUUGGCUGAUAGUAGAUAGGAAGGAUAGGCGGCAGUGAACCGCGUGGCUGCCGCGUGUAUAUAAACCCUCAGUACCACGUUCACUUUCAUCAAGUUUCGCCCUGGUAGUAGCCACCGUAACCGACAAGAGAUCAUCAAGAAGAUGAACAAGUUCGCGACCGUUCUGGUGCUGGCCAGCAUCUGUCUGGCGGGCGUUUCGGCCCAGUGCCCGCGCAUCGUGACCCGCGCCCAGUGGGGAGCCCGUGCCGCCAGCACCUCGCAGCUGCCGAUCCGUCCGGCCCCGUGGGUCGUGAUGCACCAUACGGCCGGUGCGUCCUGCACGACCGAUGCGGCCUGCGCCCAGCAGAUGCGCAACAUCCAGUCCUUCCACAUGGACGGCAACGGCUGGGCUGACAUUGGCUACAACUUCCUGGUCGGUGAGAACGGUGCGGCCUACGAGGGACGCGGCUGGGGCCGCCAGGGCGCUCACGCUCCCGGCUACAACGAUCGCUCGGUCGGCAUGGGCGUGAUCGGCACGUUCACCAACGCCAUCCCGAAUGCGGCCGCCCGUACCGCAGCCCGUAACCUGAUCACCUGCGGUGUGUCGCUCGGCCACAUUGCCUCGAACUACUGGCUGAUUGGACAUCGUCAGGCCGUCGCCACCGCCUGCCCGGGCAAUGCGUUCUUCAACGAGAUCCGCACCUGGCCGCGCUUCAACCCGAACGUGUAAGAAAGGGGCUCUCUAUCUCUCUGCAAGUGAAAGACGCUAACAUCCACUGCUCAAAAUAGAAUAUAAGCUUACUAAACUCCUUGUCGUAUAAACGAAAA